CCGCCAUGGCUUCGACGGAGCAGCCUCCAAAGAAGCGAAAACCGUUCGAACCGCCGCAACCAGUAGCAGUACCAGUAUCAGCAGAGCCAGAACCACCGUCUCCUAAAACGACAGCCAAUCCACCUGCUACAACCCUAUCUCAGGAAGAAAUUGCCCGAAAGCGGAGAAAUCAAGAAGAGAUUAGGAACUUCUACGAGUCUUACAAGCGACUUAAGUACUGUAUUGGUCAGAAGGAUGCUCAUCUCAUGCCUGAACUUGAACAGGCUUAUCUCUCCCUAAUCACCGCCUCCAGAGGUUGUACGAGUGUUCAACGUCUUGUAGCAGAGUUUGUCCCUAAAUAUGCAUCAUAUUGUCCAACUGCUCUUGAAGCAGCAGCAAAAGUUUGUAUCAAUAUACAUAACUGGAGCAUGUCAAUUAUAAACAGAGCCGAGGAUGCUGAUGGUUUUUCAUUUGAAACUGCUAGAGCCUGUAUAUUUGGUCUAGCUACCAUCUGUCAGGCUGCUUCAUCGGAAACACCAACAUCCUCUGUUAUUCAAGGCAUCUGUUCAGCGGUAUUUCUGAAUGUUCUGAGCUUCUUCAUUUCUUCGGUUGAGGGACAGGGAAUCUUCCAGAUUGUAAAUAAGGAUGUUACAAAGAUAUAUGAUUCGCCAAAGAUCUUUGCCGAGCUCAAACAGAAGUUUUCUGAUGAAGAGGAGGCAGCAUCUGUCAAAUUGUCCAAGUGUCGUGCAUUAUGUAUUCUCUGGAUAUUCUUUACCUGUCCCAGAAAUUCACUUGCAGCUUGCUUUGAGCUCUGCAGUUCCAAUUCAACAAGUGCUGUUUCUAAUGGAGGACAGUAUUUUCUUAAUCAGGUGACAGCCAGACUUGACCCCUGUGAUGUCGUUUAUCCUUUAACUGGUAACAGUGAUGGAGUUAAAUUAAUAGGUUCUGUGGAAAGCAGCAGUGAAGUCAAGGAUGUUACCUGUGAUGGGAAAGUUUCAAUGGACAGCAAUCUUCCUCAAGAUGCAUAUUAUGGGUCUAAAAGCUGCUUAUUGGGUCUGGUUCUUGAUAAGGAUCCAUCCCUGAGACCAUGGAUAUUCUCAAGGGUUAAAAGUAUUAGUAAAUCAGCUUCACCUAACGUUGUGUCUGAUAUCACCUCUGCUUUGGAGAGAAUAUUUAAGUCAUUCACAGAACAGGUGAAGGCAGAGGACAAACAAGUAGACAGCGAUGGGGAUGAUAUCAGUCCAUCCAAAUUUAUCCAUAGGCAGUUUUCGGUUCCUAGGACCUCUAAUCAGCACAGAGCUUCGGAAGUUUCUGUUAGAGAAGGAUCAUAUCCCAGUGAUGCUGUCGACCAACUUUCAGGUCUGCAUCCGGAACACCAUGGCUCAAUAACAUCUGAAACAGAUUUACGGUCUAACACAAGUUCCAAUAAUAGUGGGGGCCCAAGAUCUAUGGACCUAGACUCUGUGGAUCACCGGGAGUUGUCUCGUGCUAGUUCAUCAACGCCCAGGGACCUAUCAAAUAAUCUAACGCCAUCUGCUAUGCCAGAAACAUCAUUGGACUUGGGAGGUAAUUUAUUGAAUGGAAGAAAUCAUAGUGCCAAUACAGAGAUUCACUCUUCAAGACUGGAAAAUGAUGUACCUGCCUUGAAUGCCUCUAGUAGUGGUGUGAAUAGUACUUUUGAAUCACCUAAACAUCAUUUGCCUUCUCCAUAUCCCUCAGCAGGUCAACCCAGUUGGCACUUUGAUGGGGAUCGAGCUGCAAUGGAUGUUUAUUCAGCUUCGAGACAUCUUUGGUUGGGCUCAUUAGGUCCUGAGGCAUCUGAGGCACAUGUAAAGUUUCAAUUCGAAAGGUUUGGUCCCAUAGAUAAUUUUUUUUGCCUUCCGUUUAAAGGAUUUGCAGUGAUUGAAUACAAACACAUUAUGGAUGCAAUAAAGGCUAGGGAAAUUAUGAGGGGACGUUCUCCUUGGGGUGCUUGCCUCCUCAUAAAGUUCUUAGAUAUAGGGCUAGGCACAAGAGGUGAUAUGAACGGUGUGGCUGUUGGUUCUAGUUGCCAUGUAUAUGUUGGAAACAUUCAAAGCCAAUCAGAUAAGGAUGAGAUACUGUAUGAACUAAGAAAGACACUUUUCAAGGGCCCACUUGCUGUUAAUGAUCUUAUGAGUGAAGGUGCAUUCUUGAUGGAAUUUGGGACUCCUGAAGAAGCUGCCACAGUAAUGGCACAUCUUAGACAGUAUCGCAAGGAAAAAAAGGAUUUUCUUCAGACGUCAGCUGUUGGUCCGGUGAAUUCUAUGAUGCCAGUAGAUAGAUCAAGUCAUGGAUCUACUUCUCUGCAUGUUGACUUAAGGAACAACAAUCUCGGAAAUGGUACUGCUAGUUCACCUCAUGCUCAAACUGUUGUUGGAUUCAGUCAUUGUGGGAAGCACAACACUAACACCAUGGAGCUAACUUCUCCAAGAAUUAAUAUGGUAAAUCAAGGAGCUGCAAUGCAAAGUGGAUACCCAUUCCAAUCAAACUGGAGGAGCUUUGGAGGGCAAGCAAUGCUUGAUACUGGAACAAGAAAAGGUGAUACAUAUGAUGCUAGGAUGGUGAUGGAUCCUUCUCAAGCAGGUGGUCAUAUCUCCUCCGGUGCUCCCGAACAAAAUUGGACUUACAGGAAACCAGAAAGUGUACCACAUUCAACACCUGGGAGCAUGGCAUGCAUAUCUGCACCAAUACAUGGGCAUAAUUUUGCACCGUCACAGACGAUGCAGGCAUCUUCAUUCAUGAGACCUGUGUAUUAUCCUCCAAAUAGUUCAUGGGAUGGACGUGGGAUGAUUCAUCAUGCGCCUAUAAAUCCCAUUUCAUCAGGAGGGAUGCAUAGCAAUCUUCAUAAUAGUGCUGUAGCACCUCCUUUCUUACCUGCUUCUGUGACUCCACUUGCUCAGAUACAAGGGAAUCCAUUGCCACAGCACGAUCAGAUGUUUUAUGUGCCGCCCCCCUUGACCACCAUGCCUGCUCCUCAGCCUGACUUGGUACCUCCAUUACCUCCUCAGUUGAACAUGCCACCUCCAUUACCUCAGCGGAACAUGCCACCUCCAUUACCUCCUCAGCUAAACAUGCCACCUCCAUUACCUCCUCAUCCGAGCUUGCCUCCUCCAUUACCUAUGCAUCCUGAAUUGCUUCCUCCAUUGCCUCCAUCUCCACCUCCUUUGCUCGAGUCUCAGCCACCUCCUCCACCACCACCUAUUGAAUCUUUAAUGUUGGGAAGUGGUGGAUACUGGCAGGGAGCCUUGAGUAAAAGUGGGGUUCACUAUUCUACAGUACAUGCACGUAAACUGCAUUCAGAUGCCUGCAACUAUACAGAUAAUAUCUCAGAGCCUGCAGAAUGGCCCACUAAACUAGAUAUAACAAAGCGGACUGAUUUUAGACAUGUGAUGUCAACAUUUUCUAGCACCCCACCACAUAAAAGAGAAGUAUGUCAGCUGUUCCCAACUUCUGCUGGUGACCAUAAAGGCUUUCAAGAUUUUAUAUCGUAUUUGAAGCAGAGGGAGUGCGCAGGCGUGAUAAAGAUCCCAGCUACGAAAAGUGUGUGGGCAAGACUAGUGUUCAUUCUUCCUUACUCCAAUGAGAUAUGUUCUCAUCUCUGUGUUGCCCCUGACACAGUAGACUGCCUGAUUGCUCUUGUGCUGCCUAAAGAAACAAAUUUUGAAUGGGUAUAAUAUAACCGAAGAUUGGGGGCAAAAUAGUAAUUUCAUACACAACCAACUGGUGUAUGCAUGUUGUACAUAAUUAGUAUGAGAAAAAGUAGAAGAGAUGUUAACUUUAGGUAGGCAGGAGUAGCAUUUAUUCUAAAUCUGUUGCAUAUCUGGUUUUCCUUUGAAAUGUAUUUCAACAAGGUUAACUUCAGCUUUAUUGCAUAUGGAAGUUGUGCAACAUCUUACCAAACGGUCAUUGGUCUAGUGGUACUUAGGUUAUUAGGGUUCAAUUGCGUGUGAAUAUUUGUCGUAUGUAAAUGUUCUAUACUUGAAGAAAAUGUUGUGAAACAUCGUGGUUUUGGAAUGA